UUGCCAUGUUUUCGCUGUCAUUCCUAGUGACAAGCAACAUGUUACCUAUGCAACUGUUUUUCCUUUUCCUUUCCUUUAGAUAAUAUAAACUUUCUUUUUGAAUAAAUUAUUCACAUAUCAAAAACAAACCAAACCCACACAUUAAAGUAUAAAUAAUCAUCACAUCACUCUUCAUUUCCACCUUCAUGACUAAACCUCUAUAUUGUAUGUCAAUUUUAUAAGCAAGGAAAGCAUACAGAAGACAUUAGCCCACAUAAUAAACUUAAAAAGCAUACCUAAAGUUGUCCAAGAAAAGCUCUACCCACCUCAAAAGGUAAACCAAAAACACCAUAACCAAACCCUCCAAUAAUAAUGGAAGAAGAAGAAGAUGUGCCACCAUUCUGGCUUCAGGCCACGGAUCAGCACCACCGCGGCCGCCGCCUUCGGAGACAAGCGUCAUCUAUCUUUCUUAAUUCGGGUGUCAUUCUUAUAAUGUUAUUAGUCAUAGCUUUUGUUUUUGUUUUCGUUGUAGUCCCUUCAGUAGUUACUUUCACUUCUCAAGUUUUUAAACCGAACUUGAUCAAGAAAGGCUGGGAUUCACUUAAUUUUGUUUUGGUACUGUUUGCCAUUGUAUGUGGAUUUCUUGGUAGAAACAGCCCUAACACCAGUAAUGAAAGCAGUACAAGUUAUCAGAGACUAUCAUCAUCAUCAUCAGCUUCUUCAUCAAAUGUACAGCAGGAUGUUCAGAGAUCCUAUCCGUCAACUCCUGCUUAUAGAUGGUAUGAUGAUGGUCAGUAUCAGGAUCGGACGGCUAGUUACAAUACCUUUAACAGGCUGAGAAGUUUCAGGUCAUACCCAGAUCUACGGCAAGAAUCUUUGUGGUCAAACAAUGAUGAACGAUGGAGAUUUUAUGAUGAUACCCGUGUUAAUGGCUAUAAGUUUUCAAGUCCAUUACAUCAAGAUGAGCUUCAAGAUGAUCAUCCUCCACAACAGCAGCAGCAGGAACAAGAUCAAGAACCUAGAAAGCAAGAUCAAGAACAAGAACAAGAUGUGAGCACUAAAGAUAUAGCGGUUGAUACUUUUGUCAUACAUAAAGAGGAAGUUGUGCAGACGCCGCCGCCGCCGAUGCCGCCGGCACCAGUAUCACCUCCAAGGCUGCCAACAAGGAGUACUGUGAAAAGAAGGGCGAAAAGAACUUAUCAUGAUCUUGGAGAACAUGAAAAGAGAAGAGAAAAUAAGAAUUUGGAAGUGAAGACCAUAAAUAUACCGCCGCCGCCUCCACCACCCCAACUCAUUUCCAGCAAGAGUGAUAAAAGAAGAGGUAAAGAUUUAUUAAUCUCAUUAAGAAGAAAGAGAAAGAAGCAAAGACAAAAGAGUGUUGAAAAUCUUGAAAGCUUAUUCAACCCUGAACCUUUACCAUCUAUAAUACCACCACCGCCACCCCCUCCGCCACCUCCGCCACCACAUUUCUUUCAAAACCUUUUCUCAUCUAAGAAAGGCAAAACCAAGAAAGAUCACUCUCACUCAGUUCCACAGCCGCAACCUCCUUCUCGCACCCAUCGGUCAAGAACCACCGUCCAAGAAGCAACAAUAGAAGCCUAUAAACCACUAAAAGCGGUUAAAACAGGUAAUUUCAGCAGCGUCGAAGAGAAUGUAGAACGUGGCAAUGCCUCGCCCUUAAUACCAAUACCACCACCACCUCCGCCGCCGCCGCCGCCACCGUUUAAAAUGAAGCCAUGGAAGUUCAUAAGUGAUGGUGACUAUGUUAGAGUAGCAAGUUUUAACAGUUCAAGAAGUGGGUCACCUGAUAUAGACAGUGAAGAUCCAUCAGAUAAAGAAUCAAGUCCAAUGGCAAGAAAUAAGGAGGGUGAUUCAGCAAUGCCAUCAUUCUGUCCAAGUCCUGAUGUUAAUACCAAAGCUGAAAACUUCAUUGCAAGAUUCAGAGCUGGUUUAAAGUUGGAGAAGAUCAAUUCUGUGAAAGGAAGAUCAAAUCUUGGUCCAGGUCCUGAUAGAGUUGAAGAAGGCCCAAGUUAAUUAAUCUCUUUUAUUCUUCUUGAAAUUUUAUUUGUUUAUUUAUUUGAUUUUUGGUGAGGAUAUGUUGAUUGGAAUUGAGUUGAUUUUAACACACAGAUGAAAUUAAAUUAAAAUAUUAUAGAUUUAGGAAUAUGAAGGGAGUGUUUGAUAAUCUUUGUUCAUAUAAGUUAUCAAAAGUGCACGAACUUUAGUUUGAUUCGAUCUCUUAAAGGGGUUAGGUGGAAGAAUAGUGGAUUCCUUCGAAAUUAUCGGUUGUAGUUUUCAAGCUGUGAUUUUGAUGUGUACAGAUGUAAAUGGCAAAGAGACUUUUUCUA